AUGACAGUCAAGGAUGCAGAUGCUGAAAGUCACGAAGAGGCGAAGAGUAACAUCAGAUCGCAAGCGGUGAUAUUGGCUAGAACGGACAAAGGUGGCGCUACUCUCCUCAUGUACAAAGAAGAAUACUUGAGAGUCAUGAAAGAGAUAUUCAGUGACCAGACCACAUAUCGGAAAAUCAACCGGGAUCCAACAUCUAGGUUCCAGGCUAGCGCAAAUGCCCUAGUGGAAAGGUUGGAAAAAGAAGGAGUAGUUGAUGAUAUGAAGGCCAAGUUACUGAAAACUCAUAAUUCGGUGAUCCCGAAGAUGUAUGGACUUCGGAAAGUCCACAAAGACGGAUGUAAAUUACGACCGGUAGUCAGUUACUUGAAGUUGCCAAGUUACCAAGUGACAAGGCUUCUUCAUGCCCUGCUAGCGAAGGUAAACAAGUCGUCGAAGUUCAACAUUAAGAACCCUCAAGAAUUCGUCAUGUUUGCUCAAGAUGUGGUAUUACCGGAAGGAUAUGUCCUCAUCUCGUUGGAUGUGGUGUCACUCUUUACGAACAUCCCGAAGAGUCUAGUCCUAGAAAUUGUUGAGCAGAACUGGGAGAAGUGGGAGGUAUUAAUCCCAGCGUCAAAGAGGAUGAUUUUGGAUCUCAUCAUAUUCUGCUUUGAAGCUAGCUAUUUUUCUUUUAAUGAUGAAAUCUACAGCCAAAUAGAUGGCAGUAGUAUGGGUAAUCCAGCUAGUCCCAUAUUAGCUAGUUUUGUGAUGGAUUACAUUGUCUCCCGAGUUCUGGAGGACCUGCCAUUCAGCAUCCCAUGGAUUAAGAUCUACGUGGAUGACACGGUUCUCGUGGCUCCUAGGGAUCAAGUUGCUAACGUCCAAAGAAGAUUCAACCAGGUUUAUGAGCGUAUCCAGUUCACUGUAGAGGAAGAAGUAGAGAACUCGUUGUGCUUCUUGGAUCUGAAGGUUGUUCGUCAGCUGGAUGACAAUUGCGCAACCAUUAAAAUCCUCAAUGAGGAGAAAACAGCAUUGGCGUCCAACCACUUUCGGACUGGACAUCGAUUUUUGUUUGAUGAGACGUCUAUCUUAGACAACGAAGCGGACUGGAAGAAACGGAAUAUUGCGGAGAUGAUCCACAUAUUCCUGAAUGACACAGUCAAUAAGAGGGAGGAUACCUUGGGACUCAGCACGAUGUACCGCAACACUCUGAGCAGAUUUAAACGAGAGCGUCGAUAA